UAAGGUCUUCAGCAAAAUUCAUCUGUAAAUAUGAGUGACAACAUCUGAUGUUGAAUGUUUCAGUUUCUUUGUGAAUAAUGCUUAUAGUAUUUUUAAACAUUUUAUUUGUGUUCUACUCAUUGUCAUUGAGAGGAGUAUCAACAGCAGAAAAUUUGACUCCAAAAGACGCUUCUUUGAGCAAGGCCCUAUCUUGGCUACUUCGUCAUGGUGCUAUUGACGAAGGUUUGACAGUCAGUGAGGACGGAUAUAUCAAGCUAGAAGAGGUUCUACAGCAUCGUCUGUUCGCUCGUCGCUACACUCCGACCGAUAUCAGACUAGUUGUCAAUCUCUGCAAGAACCGUUUCACACUCCGGACAAACCCUGUAACUGGUAUUUACGAGAUAAGAGCCAAUUCCGGCCACACGUUCAAGGACAGGAAUAAUCAAGGCAACAAAAAAUCUGAUCCUAAAGUGAGAGGUCGUACAUAUCCUCAAACUAAUUUGAAAUCUGGAAAAAACUAUAACCAUCAACAAUUUAAAAACAACAAAUAUGAUGACCUUUUGAAGAACUACAAUAUUCCUGUUGGAAAUAUAGCUGACAAAGAAAAUAACAAUAAGCGAGGAAGGAAAAACGUUUACAAGAGUCUUAUGAAAUAUCCUGAAUUGAAGAAAAACUUGUUGUGGAUUUUGCGUUACGGAAGUGAAAAAGAAGGUCUGACUGUGAAGAGACACGGUUAUGUGGCCGUGGAUGAGCUUAUGAACCAUUCCCACUUCAAGGACAAAUGUAUGAGAGAGGAUAUAAUCACUGUAGCCAACAACGAGCCUCAUAACUUUAAACUGAGAGAAUCACCGAGCACACAACAGUUGUACAUUCGAGCUCGGAAGGAGCAUCCUAUCAAGCAAGAGCAAGAGGACUGGUCUGUUAUACCGGAUGUGCUGUAUAUUCCGCUGGGCUUUGUUAUCCACGGCAUCAACGGGUCUGACUGGGACUUUGUGUCAGAACACGGUCUGAAGGUUCCUAAGACAGGGUACCUCUACUGCUCUCCGUACUACGCUGCUGACAGUUGGCACACACGAGGGGUGACCAAAUAUGAUGACAUAUACAUUCACAUCGACUGCGGAGCCGCCAUGCGAGAUGGCAUUGAAUUUUUUCUAACACCAGAAUAUUCUGUUGCUACCAAAGGAGACAAGGACGGAUUUAUAAGGACUCAAUAUUUCAAAAAAGUUAUUGAGGCCAAAAGUGGGGACUUACUUUUUUCCGAUGGAACCGAUGAUGGAGAAUAACUUCUUUUGUGAGGCAUGCAAUCUCACACUUCAUCUAAAUUUGUAUGAUCAACACAUAAAUGGGAAAAGGCAUUUGUGGAAUCA